AUGGCCACCAGAAAUGUCAGUGUCGUAACAGAAUUCAUUCUCCUGGGGCUGACCAAUAGCCCUGAGUUGAAUGUUGUCCUUUCUGUGCUGUUUCUCUCCAUCUACUUCACCACUGAGGUGGGGAAUGUUUGGAUUAUCGCAGUCAUCUGGGCUAGUGCGCAGCUGCAUUCCCCCAAGUACUUUUUCCUUUGCCCGUUGGCUUUCUUGGAUUUCUGCUAUUCUUCAGUCUUUAUUCCUAAAAUGUUGGUGAACUACAUAACAGGACAGAAAGUCAUCUCCUAUCGAGGUUGCUUCCUUCAGUAUUCCUUCUUCAGCAUGUUCCUGACCACCGAAUUCCUCCUGGCAGCCAUGGCCUAUGAUCGCUAUGUCGCCAUUUGCCACCCACUUCCCUACAAAGGCCUCAUGAGCCGCAUGCUCUGCGUCCAUUUGGUAACUGCGUCCUACCUGGUGGGUUCUGCUAGCUCACUCACCCACCUGAGCGGCUUGCUCAGCCUGUCUUUCUGGGGGCCCAAUGUCAUCAACCAUUACUUCUUUGAUAUUCCACUGCUCUUUCAGUUGUCCUGUUCUGACACCCGGUACUGCAGGAUUUUAUUCUUUGUCCUCUCUGGCACGACAUCAGUGACUACCUUUCUGAUAGUGGUCAGUUCCUAUCUGGGAAUCCUCCUCACUGUCCUGAAGUUACACUCCACAAGGAGCAGAUAUAAAGCAUUCUCCACAUGUGCUUCUCACCUAAUGGUAGUCGCUCUCUUCUAUGGAACAGUGAUAUUUACUUAUCUGGGGAGCAGCUCUAACUACCCACAGGAUAGAGCCAAAAUCCUCUCCGUGUUUUAUACUCUUUUGCUGCCAAUCCUAAAUUUCCUGAUACACAGUGUGAGAAACACAGAGGCCAAAGAGGCAAUGAAAAGAAUUAUUUUGAGAAAAAUAUUUGCUCAGUGA